AUUAGUUUUCUCGUUACAGAAAGAAAUUUUUUUUUAUUAACGCUGUUAUUUUAAACUGCGUUAUUCCCAUCACUGCUCUGUUGUGUCUACAGCAGGCAGCGACUGAGACAGUGAGAACACUGAGGGUCUCCGCCCACCUGGCCAAUCAUCAUGGUGUUUGUAAGUGCGUUACCGACACCUCUCUCUCCCUGGCUGCAGCUGAAGUGUGGCGGUCAGAAAGCCUCACACUGUUGCUCAACGUUCGACAAGCACAUAGUAACGCACAACCUUCCGCCCCCAGUAACGGUAACGGCGUUGCAACAGUGGGAAAAGUAAUUGUUAUAGUGAUCCUGUUUCUCUUUAUUAUUGUUUGAAUGCUGCAAAGCAUUCAAAUUAUUGUUUCCCUGUUUCUCUUUAUUCUCUUUUAUUAUUAUUCUGCUUCCGUACGUUUUUUGGCAUUUAACUACUUCCACAACUAUUCAACUAUUUACACCAUUUUGGUAUCAAAAUGUUCAGCUCGUUCAGCUUAUGCCGGCAAUGACUUUAGGUAUUAAAAUAUUUUAUAGUUUUUGAGAUAUUCAGCUUUUUCUGCGAUUUUUGGUCCCAUUGAAAUGAAUGGGAUUGCUUAAUUUUCAGCUAAAUCCUAUCACUUGUUUGAACUCUUACUCUUAUAGGUUAACUUUAAUCUAGAGACUUCAUUCAAGUUUCAACAAACUCACAAGUCUUUCAGCUGUUAAUGGUUAAAAAAUCUUUUACAUAUCUAUUACAGUUUUUCUAAAAUCACAGGUAGAAGUUGAGGUACGGCUUGAGAUUUUCAGAAAAAAUCUCAAAAAUUAUAAUGGGCAGAGAUAGGAGCAAUGACCCUCCUUUGCUCCAUUUCUGGCAUUGUCCUGAGAAAACCAUAAGUUCGAUUGAAAUGAGACGCAUGCUGGCUUGCAGCUGAUGGAUAUACCUUCGAUUUGAGCUAUAAAUCAUGAAUGUACCCCAAACAUUGUGGUCGUACGGUUCAUUUGUUGGAGAAUAUUUAAAUUUAAAAAAAUGUCUCUCACCCCUCUAAACUGAAAAUUCUGCACUCUAACUUUUGACCUUCACAUUUCCUGGAAACAACUCUUUCCAACACCCAGACCGUUUGGAGUACCGAAACAAGUUAUAUCUCAAAAGGUAGGAAUUUUUGUCACCUUUUCAGAAUGGGUUUCAUUUUAUCUGUAAGUGUUACGGUUCUUUCUCUACAAGCCUCAGAAGGAGGAGAGACCCUGAUUCGGUCCCAUUGAAACCCAUGUUAAAGGAACAGAGAUUUUCUCCUCCCAUCGGCUUCAGACAGCUAAAAUGUUCUCAUCAUAGCUUCUAGACAAUUCAUGGUAGGCACAGAAAAAUUCACACAGAUGACCAUCAAAGCCUUCUGCCACUCAAGCUUUUUGAAUUUUUCCAAUAGGUGCAGUGGUUUUUGAAUGGCGAUGAGACGUUUCAGAGGUCUGAAAUAACAUCUGAGCUCUGUUAAAUGCAUGAUUUAUGAAAUCUUGAAACAAAAAUUUCCAUCGACCACAUUUUUUAUAGUACACUAAAGAUUUUCUCAAAUUUAGUAGUUUUUUUUUCAGCUUCAAAGUGAUGUCUUCGGUUUUGCUGUUGGUAUUACAUUAUUUGUGCUACAAGCCCCAGAACGAGGACUGUGCCAGCUUUCCUCCAUUUAAACCCCUUUAAAAAAAGGCACAUGUGGCCGACAGACAGCUGAGAUGUUCUCCUCAUAUCUUCUAGAACAUUUGUGGUAGGCACACAAGACUCCACUCACAUGACCACCAAAGCCUUCUGGCACCCACGCAUUUUGAAUUUUUCAAAUCGGUGCAGUACUUUUCGAAUGGUGAUGAGAAGUUUGACAGGUCCAGUUUCACUUCUGAAGGACAGAUUUAAAGGCUUCUCUCAUUAGUAGCUCUUUUCCAUCGCCUGGUCUGGGACGGUCAGGUCUGGGUAUUAUGGACCGGUAUGUACCGGUAUGGGUCUAGAAGUUUUCUGGCAAGCGUUUCUAUCACAUUCCAGGCUCCAGUAACUAGGCGGGGUAGCGUAAUGCGUCACGCGCGAUGUGUGCCUUAACGUCACACAGCGCGACGAGAUCGCGCCAAAACACAACAACAAUGGAGUCCAGUCACCAGCGCGUUCUUUCUGUUCUUGGUGUUUGGUAUAUUCUUUACACCCACAUCACGAUAGCGUUUAGAGCUAUGCUGUGCGCAUCGAGGAGGAGGGCAGCUGAAAGGCGACGACGCUUUCUGAAAUUAAUAUCGGACACGAGGCAUAACUUUCUACUGUUGAGACAAAGACGGAGGCGCCAGGUGGUAAGUAACUUCUAAUGCUGUAAUACAUGUCGUUAUAAUCUCUGAAGGGGUGUCUAGGGCAACUAUCAAAAAACAAAAAAAAAAAAAAGCACCAAAAUCAAAUGGUUUGGUUGUAUAUUGGUCAUUUAAGACAUGCUAAACAUGAAAGGCCAACACCUAACUAAGUUUCAAACAGCUUCUGCACUCAUGGUGAUGCUAGUCAACAGGAGGGCCUGAAUCCUUCACUCUUUACUUCCUGGGCAUGUCAUAGAUAAGUUGUGCAGCUGUACUGAAAUUAUUAUAAUUAAUUAUAUAGGUAAUUACAAGCAAUACCACAUUUGUGCAUUUUAUAAAGUGAACAAAACAUAACCAGUCACUGGUAGUGCCAUAAAGAACAGCUGUUAUUUUAACCUUAAACAAAUUCUAUUGAUGUGAACUUUAUGUCUAUAACCAUACUGUUUCAAUCUUUUUCACAGCACUAUUCUUUUUACUUUUACUGUGUUAUGACUGUUUUUUUUUUAGUUGGCUCUUUUGAAUCAGCGACGGCAACCAACUGUGUGGGCCUUCAGCCGUGCCAGCGCCUUCUGGGAUGUGACCAUGCCAAACUUCACUCCGUCAGAUUGGAUAGCUCAUUUCAGAAUGUCAGAAGAGACCUUUUCAUAUCUUUGUUCCAAGCUCCGUCCAGCCAUGCAGAAGAGGAACACCAACUUCAGAGCCUGUGUGCCACUCAGGAAAAGAGUUGCAAUUGCACUGUGGAAGCUUGCAACUAACAGUGAAUACAGGAGCAUCGGGCUUCUUUUUGGUGUCAGCACGACCUCUGUGUGCCGCUGUGUGCAGGACUUCUGUAAGGCUGUCUGUAAACUUUUGCUUGCCGAGGUUAUUGCUUUUCCAACUCUGCAAAAGCUACAGGAAAUGGCUGACUAUUUUGAGACCAGGUGGGGGGUUCCUCAGUGUGUGGGUGCCAUCGAUGGUUCCCAUAUCCCAAUAAUCGCACCACAGGGAUUCCACACAGACUACUUCAAUAGGAAAGGUUGGCAUUCCAUAAUCCUCCAGGGCAUUGUGGAUGGCAGAGGCAUGUUCUGGAAUGUUAAUGCAGGUCAGCCAGGUAGCUUGCAUGAUGCCCGUGUGCUGCGAUUGUCCACAUUUUGGGACUUGGUUGCUCAUGGACAACUGCACCCAACUAGUACCAAGAACAUUGAGGGAGUAAAUGUAGGCUUUUAUGUGCUCGGGGACUCUGCCUAUCCUCUGCAGAACUGGCUCCUAAAACCAUUUUCUGACAACGGUCGUCUCACUGCUGAACAACAGGCGUACAACAGGAAAACGUCCAGAGCCAGAGUUGUGGUCGAAAAUGCAUUUGGGAGGCUAAAGGGUAGGUGGCGAUGUCUUCUGAAGAGAAACGACAGUGAUGUAGAGCUUCUUAAACACAUGGUGCUGACCUGUUGUGUGCUUCACAAUAUCUGUGAGAGCCAUGGGGAGGAAUAUACAGAAUGCGACGCACCUGCUGAUGAACCAGUGGUUGCAAAUAUGCAGGAAGUUGCAGAGGAGGGCAGUGAUGUGCGUGAAGCUCUGAUGCGACACUUCACCCGCUGACCUCAGUUUGUGUUUUUUCUUUCCAUUUACUUUGUUUAUUGUUUUGACACUUUUAACUGUUCGAAGCCUGUAGUUUGAACUGAAAUGUUUGUUUUAUUUUCAGAACUUAAUAAAGUACACUAUUUUACUGUUAACGAACUGUUGCACCUUUUCAUUUUAACAUACUGUAUAUUUAAGGUGGGCUGUAAUGUAAUCUACAUUUAUUAUGUAAACGUAAAUUUGCGAGCAAAAAUUUUUAAGACAAUUCAUGCACACCUUGUUUUUCUUUGAAAAUGUAUUGAUAAAAAGGACAGACGGAUAAAAAAAAUUACGGGACAAAUACAUAGCACCUUACUGCCUGGGUGGUGGCAGGAAGUCAGAGGAGCUGCCCAUUCUUUGUGCGACCAGUCCAAGAACAGCAUUUAGGGCACCCAAAUGUUCAAAAUAUCGCUCUGCGAUCUGUAAUUCAUGUUGUCUUGAUGCUGCUGCGUCUUGUUGCAUCCAGUUAACCUGCUCCCGGCUUAUGCCUUCCAUUCUGUCCAUCUGCCUGCCAUCUGCGAUCUGCAACUCAUCAAAUAUCACCUGAGUCCGUGCUUCCAAUCGCCGUCUUCGGUCACCUGGAAACAACAACAUUGACAAUUACAUUUGUGUUUAUAUGGAUAUCAAAAUGUCAGUUGUCCUGUGAACUUGUCAGUUUUGUUUAUGCACAAAGCAAUUUUUAGAAUGGUCAGACACUACCUGUGCGUCGACGACAUGGUAGAUGUUCCUCUCGAGUGGUAGUGGACAGAGGUGAUGGUGGUGGCGAUGGAACUGGCCGAGGCGAUGGUGGCACAGAAGGUCCUGGAGUGCUACUUGAGGAAGUGGAUGGUUCCUCUGAAGAGGGAGUGUUUUCCGCUUCAGAUGUGUCUGAAAAACACAGAUCAAAAAAUUAGUCAGUAAGAAAAGGUCACGAAAUAAAUCGGUAAGAAAAGCACAAUAUUUUUACAGCAAAAGAGCAUAUAGGCAUAUAGUAAACUUAAUAAAACUGCUAUGAUUUAAGGCCAUUUUGUCAUUUGGAACGUGUCCACUAGAUGGCAGUAAUUCGCCAGUGACGUACAGAUUAAUUGCAAUUUAAUGUUAUAUUCUUAUUCAUCCGAAAAAUAUAUACUUGUUAAAAGUCCACUCUAGGCGAAAAACACUGUUGGCACGACUUUUGGGAUAUUUAUAAUAUUAGAUCAGCUCGCUUCUUCUCACUGUGCGUGCUCAGCUGUAUAAAUCAAUGAGAUGCUAACAACACUGAGAUGCUAACGUGAAAGGCUAACCGAAUUUCCCAUGUUUUAAACAAUGAGACGCUAACAAGAAAGGCAAACUCCGCUCCAGCCUCAUGUACUCAACAAGGACAUGCUAAACAUGAAAGGCUUAUAUCGCGAACAGCGUGUUAAGAAACACGGGGGAAUGCUAAAUGAAGGUUAGCAUAAACACGAGGGGAUGCUAAGGCUAGUUAACAUGAGGGGCUAAAUCCUUUACUUGCUGAGCAUUUCUUAAAUAGCUGCUGCUAUUAUUCAGUGUUUUUGGUGCUGCAAUGAAUGGCCUGCAGAGCUAAAAAGACAACAAAAGAAAUGCUUACCAACAGGGUUUAUGAGUGACUCCAGGAUACUGGUCGCUGAGUCCAGGCCUCCUUCGCUGCCUCGGUUUGACGGUCUGUGUCCAUAAAUAGCGUCCACCACAUCGUACCACUUCCAUGUACUUCGCCCAUUCCCACUACGGCCGUUGCUGUCCUUAACUUUUCUGUAGUGGGCUUUUAUUUUUUUCAGCUUAGCACGACACUGCUCGGAGGUGCGCUGGAAUCCUUCAGCUGCCAUGCGCUGAGAAACUUCUUUGAAGACUUUCUCAUUUCUUAUCAUCCCAUCCAGCUCGGCCUGAAUGUUGCUAUCUCCGAUGAUGGUGAGGAACGUUUGAAGCUCCGCAUUGGACCAAUAGCUAUUACUUGCAGGCAUUUUCACACACAAGAAGUACAGCCAAACAAACACUGGAACUCGACUCACUUCUUUUUCCAUCCCCUGGGAUUGUCGCGGGUAGUUACGUAAUUUCUCCCCCAAUCAGAGGACUCUGGACCUUUUACGCUUUGGCUCCGCCCAGACCAAAAAUCUCUGGACCCACAACAGAAAGGGUCCCGCUCUGGCCCGCUACUGGACCGGUUCGGGUAGUUUCCUGGACUGGUUUAAACAAUCGAAACAGAAUAUUUAGUGACCCGAUCCUUCCCAUUCCAUGCCAGUUUGGUCGGUGGAAAAGGCCUAUAACAGGACUACAGCUGCAGGGCUCCAACAGCCAGGGGUAAAGGCGGGAAAACAGUGCUGCUCUCUGACUGGUUGAGAGUGUUCAACCAUUUUCUGACCAAUCAGGAUCCAGCACCCACACAUAUGACACAUCAAAUUGACCAACUUGGUCUCAGGAAUCUUGUAUUCAAUUUUAAAUGCAUUAUCUGUUACCAUGGUAACACAAGUGCAUAAGUAUAUCCCCAAACAAGUCUUAUUGAAAUGAAUGUGAAAAGCCUAAUAUUGAGCCUAUAACAUACUGCUGUUUCUUAUCUUUCUGAGCUCUAUACACUUAAAACUAGCAGCAUAGCUGACAUUUUAACACUAGUCAGAAGGCAGGAACCGCCCCCUCCUCCUUCGCUGGUCUCUCAUUGGCUGAGAGUUUUCAAUCGUCUUCUGCCUAAAAGGAAAUAUGCACCCACACAUAUCAUGCAUCAAUUCAGCCUGCUUGGUCCCAGGAGUCUUGUAUUAACUUGAUAUUGUGUUCUGCAUUACCAUGGCAACGUGGUUAGCAACAACAUUUAACAACAUUUUAGACACAACUUUGUCAACAUACUUUAAUAUAGAAAUGUUAUUCAAAGUUUAAAAAAGUCAUGUGACAUUGUGUAUUGCUUUAUUAAAGCAGACUCCUGUCAUCUGUUACCAUGGCAACACAAGGAACUACAAAUCACUUUAAAGAGCAUGUCACCCCCAAAUAAACAGUAUUUUUGCUGAUAAACUAAAUAAACGAGUGUCUAAUCGUGCUGCAGACACGUGUCGUCAAUAAUUUGGCACUUCAGUGCAUCUUAGUUAAAAUUUAAAUAUUCUGCCUAAAACUGGCAGUGUUGUGCUGUCGUCAGGUAAAAACUCUGCACUGUAUUUGAAUUUAAAUCUGCCACCGCUAUUGGCUAACAGGUAUGUUAUGAUGUAAACUGGUACAUUAUGAUGCCACAAUGCUGUCGUGAGCCUGUGUGUGUGUUUAUUUGUUAGCAGCUCCGCCCUCUUGGUCUGCCAGGCAACAGCAUUUGUUGCAUUUUUCAAACAUGAAGUGGGAGUGGAGUUAGAAUCUGGUAGGGGGUGACUUGCUCUUUAACCAAGUCUCAUAGGAAUAAAUAUAAAAAGCUGAAUAUUGAGCCAAUAACAGACUCAUGUUUUUGAUAUUUUUGAACUAUCUGUACUUAAAACUAGAAACAAGUUAAAUUUGAUUGACCGUCAGAAGGUGGGAAAGUGCCGCGCUCCCACCCAGCCCCCUGAUUGGUUGAGAGAGGUCAAUCAUCUUCUGGCUAAAUGGAAUUACACACCCACGCAUGUGAGACAUCAAAUUGAUCGGCUUGGCCUAAGGAAUCCAUCCAUCCACAUAUAAAUCCAUACAUGCUUCUGUGGGCAUUCUCUGUUAUUCUUAAAGAAGGACUCGGAGACGGGCAACUCAGUCAGACAGCGCGGGUCUCUUUAUUCAUUCAUCUCACAGCUCAGGACAGCCAACUACAAAAGACCUCGACCAAAUGUGGAGUCCUAAAUUUAUACUUUUUGUCCCUGGGUUACUUCCACAGUCCUUUGAUAAAAGUGGAGAGAGGAUGGGGUGAUGUUUACACUUCUCAAUAUGGUCGACGCACCCUCCAGCCCAGAGGUCGACGAGCCCUGUUAUCCCAAUAUGAUCCGAGGGCUCAAGGUUUACUGGAGCUGGUUUACAUAAGUUGGACUGAAACACAGAACACAGCUUUUGGCUCCUACAGUCUCAGUAAGUUUUUAACCUAAGGACUCAUAAUUCAACUCAAUAUAUGUUGUAGAUGACCUCUUGACCUUUUUGGCGACAACAGUCCUCCCUUUGGCGGACUUGUGCGCCACACAUUACCAUCGUAAACGAAUUAGCAAUGUAGGGUAUAUCAAUAAAUGAAUGCUUAACUAAGUAACAGAAGAAAUGGGCAGCAAAUAAUGAUAAUGUAACAAAAUGACAAAAAAUGGAAACAAAAGGGUAUAACAUAUGACCUUGAAUCAAAAAUGCAUAAAGUACUCAUGCCAAAACACGAGAUGAUGUUCCAGAAUAACACAGCAACUUCAACAUGUAUAUGUAAUGAACAAUGAUUAAGACACUGAAAAAACAACCGAUGAGUUUACAGCUGAGACAUUGAAAAACUGUGAAACAAUACAUGAAACAUGAUUUUAGCAUUAACUGAACUCAUUACUUCACGAAUGUAUUGCAUGCACACCCCGUAAGGAGGCGAAAAACCCUGUCCGCUGUACUUUAACAGGGAAAAUUCCCCCAUGUCCUCCCCGACCCCAGGGGACGAACGCCUGCAGCACAGAGCGGGCAUGCGAGGACUAGCUUGAGGACAUCAGGUGACAAAUAUCCUCAUCAGUGGUCAAAAGAAAGAACACACAAAACAACAAAGGCACAUUACAAUAAACAGGUGACAAAUAUGAUGAAUAAUGAACAAUUAGCUUUAGCGAAGACAUAAUGAAACAGUAACAAAUCCAGUUGAAGAUUUCAUUCAAAAGAAUAAAACGGAAAAUACAAGUUCAGCAUCUGUGUCGUCGUUUGGAGGUCUUCUGCUUGAGGAGGGCUUUAUGUGGACAAGUGUCCUUUAUUUGUCAGCAAAGCAAAGGCAUAAGUCCUUGGCUCAGUCCUCCCUUUGUCCAUCUGCGUGCAGCGUGGUGGUGCCGGCUUCAUCCUCCCCACAGCGAGCAAAACACAACAUGUCAACAAGAAAAACUCGAAUUAGCACGCCAAUUGCCUAUAAAACUAUUACCACAAAAACUUUCUAAAUUUUAGACCCAUAGACAAAGCAUCCAUCCCCACAUUCACACCCCCUUUCUAACCUACCCACUUAUCCUAAAUUAAAGAGCUAAUUCGGCAGUAAGGCAUGCAAUGAUUUACUCAAGCAUUUAUGGGUUAACGGUAAAAGCAAAACUCACCUGAUUACCCUGAUAACCAGGAGUAAUGUAAAUGGCCGCUCGGUAAAACGACCAGAAAUAAGUCCUUAAAACCAAAUUAAAAUCAUUCAGCAAAUCCGACCUAAACUCAACCAGAAUCACCUAUUCUGUCCCUUAUCCUUCGAAACCACAUUCAAAACCCUUCAUGCAACAUCCACACACCCUCAAAAAUGAACACAUGCUAAUCCAUCACAAUAAGAAAACACUAUUCAAAACAUGACAUCCAGCACCCACCAGAAGAUCUGUUGCACCUGAAACGGAGUAGUAACAGUCAUGGUUACGUUAUCACAUUAAGUUAAAGAAUUUUGACACAAACGGGAACAAAAUGUUGUGAAACCUAAGAUUAUACGGUAAACUCACACGUUGAGUCGCCUAUCAUCUGUAAUUCUGAAUCCUCUGCACACGAGGAAUUAAUCUGUAGCAUUAUGAUCUAUAACUUUGUCAUUAAUGUGCUCUAAGCACUAACCAGAAACAUGUCAGUUCUGGGCUCACUAUUGGUAGUUUACCUGGAACACACACAUGCUAUAUUCUGUUAGGAUUUAUCUCUUUAUAAUCUCAGAUCUACCUGGCCCUUCUGGCCCACCCAAAAGCUUUACGUACACCUUAAAACUAUGACCCCAUUUGCAGUAACCUCCCCUCAGACCAUUAAAACAAUACCAGUACUACUCAGGAACUAAUUCAAAGUCGUAAAACUGGAACAAAAGUAAGCAAACAUCAGCUAAGUGACACAGCCAUUGUAUGGUUAUUAUGCUAGUAAAGUCCUGUCAUCUGCAGGUGUGACUGUAAUGGUGUGAAUGCAGGUAUGGAAACCAGUCUAGGGUGUAGAGUAGUUGCAUUUUACUCAUCUUCCAUUGUGAACAAUUCCUCUAUUGGUGUCGCGGUCGUCAGAUGGCCUAUAAAACGAUGAUACAUUGUGGUGAUGUCUUUUUCCUCUUGUUAUGCUCGUCCAUUGGUUAUCCUCUUCACCUCCUCCAGCAGAAACCCCGUUGUAAUUUAUCAGGGAUGGUUCCUAGCAGCAUUCAAGACAAUAACCGUCAUAAAACUCAGCAAACUUCUUCUUAUGUUAGUUAAUCUAGUCCCAGUAAGGUGAGAAGCAACACUAUCCUUUAGUCCUCGUCUCAGGUAUCGACGUGAGUUCAUGACAGUCCAAUCUUCAUCUUUUUCCAUCCUCUCCCUUGGUCACCGUGCAACACCAGGAAGACUCGCACUCUGGCCGGACCAGACGUCCCCCGAACCGAUCGCCUAGGGAUUAAAGGUUAUGCACAAAAAUGUCCUAACUCUUACUGACCCUAGCCUCUGAUACCUUCAACAUCAGACACAUACAGUUACAAACAGCAAGCGCAAUUAAAGGUACAGUGACAUCACGGCAUGGACACACACGGACACACAAACACAUACACAUGCACAUACACAGAGAGAGAGAGAGAGAGAGAGAGAGAGAGAGAGAGAGAGAGAGAGUAAGAAUGUGUGUGUGGGAGGAAGAAAUGAGUGGGAUCCACUUCGCCACCAGCAUCUUCACCUGUGUCACAGAGAAAAAUUGCAAAGAGAUUAAAACAUAAAGCAAACAACAAUAAUUCAGUGAGUAUAAAUGAUUCAACUAAAAUAUACAACCAUGCAUGGGUUUCAAAACAGUUCCAGUAACACUGGAGAUGAUGCCUUGUACAAUGAAUUCUUAAGAUGGUCUUCACCAAUUAGAGAUUAUAACCGAAUUGUUUCAGGAUCCUGAAUUUGAAUUUGAAUUGGUUAAUUUACUCAGAAUAGUCCAAUGGCUUUGUUGAUGUUUCUCAAGGCUUGGCCACGCCCAUAUGAAUAAAUGAACAAACAAACAAAACAAACACAGUCAAACACACGGUCCAUACACGUCUCUGUGCCCUCACACACCAAGCAAAUGUCAGACUGAAGCAAAAGUGUGAAAUUCCUCAAGUAGGCAUGCAUGUUAGUAAUUACAUCGAGAGCUUCCUUCCACUUCUUAAACAUCUAGAUUAUUUCUGGAAAAUGCUCAAACUGCAAGAGCGGGACGCGCACAACUAAACUACUUAUUCUCUCAAGUCUGUGUCUCCGCUUGGUUUAAAUGAGCCACUUAACCGAACACUAAACCAGUGGAAAGAAAAAAUAAGACCUAAAGCGUGUGAUCAAAUUAAUCCAACAAAACUUCCCAUAACUAUUGUUCUGUACUCAUGUUGCGGUGUGAUCUCUCCAAUUAGAAAUUAGGAUAACCACUUUACUAUCAAUUCAACAAAAUAGUUUCAGGUUUUCCAAUGUCCCUUACUAUUCACCCCAAUUAUGAACCUCAAAGCAGAAAUCAUGAUGAGCAAAUGUUAUUCCCUAACCAGAUUUAAAUUCACAAUCUCCAGACGCCCAAACUACCUUUCUUUCUUACCUUCUUUCUUAUUUUCUUUCCUUUUUCCUUUAAGAACCUCACUAGCACAAGAAAUCCUAAGAAUUAAUUCACUACUUAAGGUUAAUUCAUAAAUAACGAAACUGCAGUUAUCGGGUUGUUUGUAUAUAUAUGCUGGUCAAACCACGAAUUACUUAAAGCCAAACAUCCUAAAACCCUAGUAUUGUCAGUAGUUUCCCUUAUCUACUCGUUUAGAUGUGUGUUUCUGUUCUACUUCUCCAUCUAUAACACAAAUUAGCAUCAUCCUUAAAGCAUCUGAAAUUAAGCUGCAUUGCUACACCAAUAACGUGAUUUGUGCUAAGAGAUACUCCCCUAUCCUCUUCCUUUUUCCAGUGGCACUGAUUCCAUGACAGAUUUAGAACAAUUUAACGUUUUAUUACUCUUACGUUUCAUUUAAUUAAUUUUCCUUUUUCUCCCUUAUUUUUAUUUAUUUAUUUAUUUAUUUACCAUGCCAUCCUGUGAUGAUAAACUUAAAGACUUUUUUUUUCUUUAGCCAAUUGUCGUCCUACCUCUUGUGAUACACUGGUUCCUAUAAAACAUCAGACAUCCAAACACCUCUGUCCCUUUUACCCAACCAAACUAAGGAGACAGAUUAUUGUUAUGUUCUCAUUAUCCCAGCAUGACUAACCAUUGAUGAGGCUCUUUUGUAAUGUACCUGAUGAAUGUAGAGUGAUUUUAUGGGUGUUGCCCUACACUUUUCACACAGUAAAUCAGUAACGACAGUAUUGGUGAACAGUAUAAUGUAUAUAAUGCUUUCAGAAUAAAAAUGCUUCGCGCCUUUCUCAUCCCUCCUACAAUUUUACUUUAUCUAUGUCUUUACAUAUUUCAUGUGGGGUUUCCAGCAGAGCUCAUGGCCAUGCAUUAGUCCCUAAAAGUAUUAUUUCUCCCAGUUUAAUUUCUUUUAAUAAUUUUUCCCUACACUCUUUUUACUGUGAUAUUGUUUUAUAUUUAUUUUUUAUUUUUGUUUUCCUCUCACCGACACAUCCACAUCUAUUUUCCUCCAAUUCCCAUGCAGCAUGAAUAUAGCUUUGUUUACCUUCAGUGACAUCUAAUUUAAGUCAAACCAAAAUCUCAGUUUGGCCAAUUUCGCCUGUAGCCAAAUCCAAAUGUUCUCGCAACGUCACUCCCGCAAAAGGCCAAUUAAAAAUGUUAUGUUAAAGAUUUCACAAGAUGAAAAAAUGUGAACAUAAUUUUUCAAACAUAGAGAAACUUGACACUUGCGGUUUUCCAAAUCUUAAAUCAUACUUACAAUAAAGAUUAUAUUGACAUCCAAUGGUGAGUUGGACCAGGUUACCAAUCCUAUUUUUUAAGGCUAACUUUUUCAGUUAACUAUGUUCUGCAGUAGUUUAGUAAAUUUUUCACAAUUCUGACAUUUCACCAAGUCAACUGAUCGUUGCCAAAAAGCCUUUCAUUACCUAACUGCAGCAAACACUCUUUCACUGGGUGGGACCCUUUGAGCAUCUGUUUGUAAGUUCAGUAUGACCCCAGUCAUUGAUUAAAGUUCACAUGUUGGCACACAUGCUCCUCCCCUUUGUCCCUGUCUCAUCUUGCAUCAGGGCAAACAAGCGCCUGUCUCACAGUGUCCAUCUCGUAGUGCUGCCCCAUCUCAAUGUUAUAAUUCACAGCUUGUGGUGGGGACUUCCUGCUCCGUUUGUGUAGAGCCAGAUCCAGGAGACUUUCAUUUGCAGCUGGUUUCAAAUGUGACGGGCCGACCCAGUAAAUCUCAUGCCACCACAGUUAACAGCAAAAGUCUUCCUUAAAUAUGUUGAUUGGGUUGAAAUGACAGAACUUUCUCUUUUACAAAUCACCGAUGGCUUCUAAUAAUUAGUCGACUUUACUGACUCAAAGGUAAAUCUAGACUACUUCCUAGGCACAGUUGUCCUUAAAAUCAGUUCCAAACAGGUUUUAAUCAUUAGGCACAGUCUAACCCAAAAUGCAAGAUCCCUCCUUUCAUUUUUUAUUUAUCUAUCUUAUUUUGGGAAAAUAACUACCAGUUUUAAUUCAAAACAGCCUGGUACAGUUUGUAGCCAGGUUACAGGAAAUAAUAGUUAGUUUAUCUGUUUUUCCAUUAUUCAGCGUCUCAAAAUCCAGCCACUAAUGUUAAUGAUUCUUAAAGUUCAGGCAAGACAAUUAUUGGAUUUUAUUUCUAUAGCAAGAUUUACAGCAAUAGUUUUACAAAACAGUUAUAAGUGGGUGUAACUAAACAAUCUGGCACAAAUAUUUUAUUUCCUGACUGAUUAUUUCUUAAUUUUAUGGUUCGAUAAUAAAUGAUUCUAAGAAUCAGAGUGCCGCGCUCUUCUGCUGCUCCCUGUGCUAUUUUUAGACUGUAGAGGUCUUGUGUGUAAAGGUGGGCGGAGUCAGGCCCUCAGGCUGACUCUCCAGCCCCCAUACCCUCUCCGACCGUCCAGGAGACAGGACCCUCACAUGCAGGCCACCCGUGGACUAAGAAGGUAUGUCCAAAACACUAGAAGUUAUCUUUUCUAAAGUCACAAAUUGCUUAAACCUGCAUGUUACAGAAAGCAAGCCAGCCUUGGUUUCACCAUGUGUGUGUGUGCAGGCAGGAGAAAAAGAGAGAUAGAGAGAGAGACACUCCAGUUACAGAAAAGCAAACAUAGAUAAAUGAGAGAGGGAGUCCAGAGUCCAGUUUCAGCCCUCACGGCUCAAAAGCAGAUAAAAUACCUUCUUUGUAUGACCACAACCAUGCAACUUUUAUAUUUUAAACGAUUUUCUUGUCAUCGCACUAACUAUAAAUUCUUUUUCUAUUGUUUUUCAGUAGGGCAAAGCCUGGACCACACCCUGUUUUUUCCAGCAGCUCUCUCUAUUAAACACUGCAUCAUUCAACAGAAGAUCCAGCCAAAGCAGCAUUUACUUCUCAUGCAAGAAAACACACAUCCAUUCACUCACAAAGGCACAAACAACAUUUUUUCAGUUUGUCACAGUCUUUUAAACAAAAGUAAGUCAGUCCGUCACUUAUUUAUUCUCUUUAUAUAUAUAUAUAUAUAAACGUUUGUUUUACCUUAUCUUUUCUUAAUAUCUUUGUUUAAGCUAAACUAUUAUUAUUAUGUUUUCUCCUAAUUUAAAUUUAACUGACCCAAAUCGGCACUUACUCUUCCUACUUUACACCAAAUUGACAGGAGCUCCUUUAACGACUUUUAUUUGUGUAUUUGUUGUUUAAGCACAGAAUUUGUGUAACACUGCACUGGUAAUUUUCAGAAUUUAAUGCUUACUAUGCUUUUAAGCAGGUCUUAUGUAACCAUUAGAGCAAGUCAAAUUGCAAUUUUUUGAGAGCGCUCUGAGAAACAGUUUAUAUAUUUAUUUUCUACAGAUCUGCCUCGACUUUACUGUUUAGCAGCUGUCUGACUUUCAAUAAAUGUAUAUCUAUAUAUUAUAUCUAUAUAUUUCUAAAAUAAAGCUGUCAUUUACAACUUAUAUAUAUAUUUAUAUAUAUGUGUUACUUUAAAAACCUUUUAUUUAUGAACUUUUGGUAUUCUGUUCAGACUGAUCAGAACAGGAUUGCAGAAUUUGAAUUUUGCGUAACUUCAAACAUUAAAAUUUAGCACUGCAGUGAACUUUACAUAUCCGAGUUGCAACUUUUAAAGCUCUUAUUUAUUUUUCUGGUACCGCAUCAGGCCUUCACACUCACACGUCUUGCAUUCUGCACUCUCUUAGUGCACAAACAUUCACACACUUUCAAUCCAGAGCCGUACGCAGCCUCUUGCUGCGCCUCAUACACACAGAACUACAGAACUACAGAACUACAGAAUCCCGAGCUCCCGGAAACUGUUUUUACAGCCUUUUUUGCUGCAAACUACAACGUACAGGUCGUCCCGAGCUCACGGCGCCUGUUUUUUUUACAUACUUUGCCACAAA